UUAAGCAAUGAUGAGCGUUGCAACUUUCACCGCUUGUUUUAAGAAAGUUGCGGUUAGGAAUGGUCUCGCAAACCUGCAUAAGUGCUGCCACUUUCGCUACUCAAAAGCCAAAGUUGAUGAGUUAAUGAAUGUAGAUAUAACAAAAGGAGACUUAUGGUAUAUCCUGUCUCUUAACUGGUGGACGAAGUGGGAGGAAUUUGUGGACUCGGUUUCCAAAAGUGGGAUGGUUGACGAAACCUCGGAAGAGUAUCCAGGAAAAGUUGAUAACAGUGAUAUUUUAUGUGAUGGAAAAUUAAAAGAGAACUUGCUCUUAGAAAAUGACAUCACGUUAAUACCUAGAAAUGUGUGGAAGCUGUUUGUUGAUUUUUAUGGUUGUACGCACACAGACAUUUCAGUCUUCGAACGGCGUGCCAUCCAAGCUCCAAAGUCAGCGGAAAUUGAAAUAUAUCCACCUCACUACUCAUUUUACUUAAAUCCUCCAAAUUCAAGUGCCACUUUCCUGUUUGAAGGGACAUAUUGCAAGUUUCAGACAAUAAGAGAACUUAAACUGAUAGUCGCGCAACAUCUUAAAGCAGCACCUGGCGUGAAUGUUCACUUAUCAAUACACAAUGAGCAAAAUGAGUUUGAAGAAUUAGAAGAUGAAGAUGCUACCAUAGAAGAAGCUAACCUGGAGCGUGAAAAAGUUAUUUUUGUUCAUCUGGAACCUAGAAAUGGAAUACGCAGUGAUUCACGUUUGAAGUCGAAUGACUCUAUAGGAUCUCAACCUGAAUCUCAGAUGCUGUCGUUACAUGGGUCCAGUCCGCCUUUAGUACCAGGAGUUUGUGGUCUCAAUAACUUGGGAAAUACCUGUUUUAUGAAUAGUGCUCUUCAGUGUAUGUCCAAUGUUCCUGCAUUAACCAGUUACUUCCUAAGUGGUAAAUGGAAGUCAGAACUAAAUAUACGUAAUCCACUUGGAUCUCAAGGAAGAAUUGCUAUUGCUUACGCAGAUCUCAUUAAGCAGCUGUGGUCGGGGACGCGAGCAUAUGCUGUGCCUCGUGAGUUUAAGAUUGAAAUUGCACGUAUUGCUCGUCAAUUUUCUGGAUAUGCUCAACAUGACACUCAUGAACUACUUGUAUUCUUAUUGGAUGGACUUCAUGAGGACUUGAAUAGAAUACACUCCAAGCCUUAUAUAGAAGUGAAAGAUUCCGAUGGCAGACCGGAUAUUGAAGUUGCAAAUGAAGCCUGGGAGUAUUACAAGUCAAGAAAUGAUUCCAUCAUUGUAGAUCUUUUCCACGGCCAGCUGAAAUCCACCGUAAUUUGUCCUACUUGUCAAAGGAAAUCAGUCACUUUUGAUCCAUUUGCUUCAUUAAUUUUGCCUAUACAAGAAGUAUACAAAUAUUCGGUACGCGUUUAUGUUUGGCCGUGGGCAUCCAAUAAAUCCCAACUUCUUCUAUUAGAGUUAACACUUUCCACAAUACCUUGUGGUCAAAAUAUUAUUGAAGCAUUAGAACAAGAGCGUCCACCUCUUCCAGGCUGUCAGUAUUAUAUACCAAACAAAUCUGUAGAUCGGUCAAGGUAUGCCUCCCCGAUCGUUUAUGAACUGACUGAAGGUUUCCCGAUUCCUGUACUCUGGACAAAUGAUAACAUUGCCCAGGGUAUCAACUUCCCUGUCUAUAUUAGUUUGCCAAUAAAUGAUGGUGUUACAGGAAUGACAAUUACCGUCUCGGAAGAUAUACUUAUCAAACACAUUAUUGACCGUUUACAUGCUAUUGGUAUAAAUAGUGAACCGAUCAGUGACACAUCAAAGUUAGAGGACGAAAAUACAGAUAACUCAGUUGUUUCUUGUUCGCUAAGCAACUUUCAUAGUAAUUCCCAUCCAGAUAAAUCUCAUACAACCUCAACUGAUCUCUUUGAUCAAUCGAAACGAACUACUGAAGGUAAAAUGGGCAAUUUAGUCUCAUUACUCAAAGGACGUUUAUGUCUGAAGGAUACUAGAGGGCAUGAUUGGUUAGCUGAAUCAGAAAAUGCUUUAAUAUCUCUCCCUUGUUCUGACGUUUAUAGUAUCAUUUUAGACUGUCAAAGUUUAGAAAUACGACGUAGACUCAAUGACAUUCGAAGUCAUGUACAACAACAUCCUGUCACACGACUUAAUGAAACUCUGAAACUUUCAGAUUGUUUCGAACGUUUUACUGACAUAGAACAAUUAGGCUCAAGAGAUCUAUGGUACUGUAGUCGUUGCAAAGCGGAGAAACCAGCUACAAAGAAAUUUGAUUUAUGGAAACUUCCUGAUGUUCUUGUAGUACAAUUAAAGCGUUUCCGAUCUCAUUUACGAUUUCAUGAUAAAAUCGAUACUUUACUGGAAUUCCCACUAACUGGCUUAAAUUUGACUUCACGCGUACUUGAAAAGAAACCAGCCGAGAAGUUUAUCUAUGACUUAGUAGCUGUAAGCAAUCAUAUGGGAUAUUUGGGUGGAGGUCAUUAUACAGCAUUUGCUUUAAACGCUCACACUAAUCGAUGGUACUUUUUCGAUGAUUCUUCAACACGAGAAUGUGAUCCUUCCAAAAUUGUAACUAGUGCAGCAUAUGUGUUAGUUUACGUACGCCGAAAAGUUGGCUCUACGCAAAUAUACAGUACGAUCAACAAUAAUGAUGAAGAACAAGAAGAUUCUUCGUCCGAAACAGAUGAAAAUGGUCUUUCAAAUGGUGCUUUAUCUUCACAUUAUAUAACUAAAGGUUGUAUGCAAAAUAGUCGACCUGACAGCGCAAACUCAUCUUCCAAUCUUCAGGAUCAAGAUCUGAUGGAUAUUGAAUAAACGUCUUUGUCUUUUCUUUUUGUAGUUUCACUUCCUUUCAACUUAACCACAUCGCUUCGACUUAUGCAGUCACUCAUGUUUUUAUGAGUUUAUGCAUGAUUACAAUGUAUGUUAACUUGCUCAUUCUCGGUGAAUCAAGUGAAGUAAUGACAUUUAGACGUUUUUUCUGGACAAUAUCCCAGCCCCUCAUCUUAUUCUUGUUCUUCAGUUAACAUAUAAUUCUUUAUCUCUCCAGUUACUCACUUCAGUUUUAAUUUUGGUCACAAAAAGAGUUGUUUACUAUGCAGUUUGCUUUUUGUCCCAAUGAAUGUAUAUUCACAUCGCAGUAAAAUAAAUUCAAAUCCUAAUAUUCAUUUUUCACUGCAACUUUGGUUGGAUAUCUCAUAUUUUCAGUUGGUUGUUCACACCAUCAUGUGCUGUUUAGGGUGCAUGCAUUACUAAUUCCUUACAUCUCCGGAAAAUUAAAUAAGCCACACAGUCUUCCAUAACCCUGAAGCACAUAAACAUCUUCAGAAUAACAACUUGAGAGAUUCCGUAUCUUCCAGACUUUUCCAUCAAAUGUGGUCGGGUUGGUGUUCUUCGCGUUUUGUUUGAGGAUCUUGCUUUUUCCGUUGUGUGUACU